AUGCCUUCGAAAUAUAAAGUGCUACUUGUGGGCAGUGGUGCCCUAGGAGUUGUUGCAGCAUACACUUUGGAAUACAACGGGUUUGCCGAGGUGACGGUGGUGGUUCGUUCUGGCUACAAGAAGGCUUCCACCGAGGGAUACAAAAUUGACUCUAUUCAAUUCGGAAAAAUUGAAAGCUGGAAACCAAGCAGAGUGGUUCCCAACGUGGAGGAGGCCAUUGCAAACGGCGAGGUGUACGACUACAUUUUCACCUCUGUGAAGAACCUGCCAGAUUCACCAACUCCGUGCGAACAGAUCUUGGAGCCCGUUUUGAAAGCCAAUACAAAAGCCACAGUGAUUCUGUGCCAGAACGGGCUUGACAUCGAGAAGCCGUUCUUGGAGAAAUUCCCAGGUCAUGUGAUUCUCAGUUGUGUUUCGCUGAUCGGGUGCACCAACAUCGACUGUGUGGUGAAUCAGAUGACCCCGGACAACGUGCAAAUCGGUGUGUUUGAGAACCCAACCAUCAAAGACAAGGAGGAAGCAGAACGAAAGCUGGACGAGUUUAUCUCCAUCUACAAGAUGGAGAACGGCAAGAACGUGGUGAAGAAGGACGUCAACCCAAGACUAACAAGAUGGCAGAAGCUCGUGUACAACGCUGCUAUCAACACGUCCACAGCAUUGACCGAUCUCGACUGUAGCAGAGCUGCCAUGGCCGGUUGCAAAGAAAGUAUUUGGAGACCGAUCAUGAGAGAGAUUUAUGCCAUUGCCAAGUCGGAUGGGUACAUUCUUCCUCCAGAUCUCGAGGAGAACAUGUUGAGGAUCUCUGACGGACUGUUCUACACCCCAUCGAUGCUGGUGGAUGUUCGGUUGAACAGAAUGGUGGAAGUGGAGGUAAUAGUUGGUAAUCCGCUAAGAAUCGCGCAGCGGAACGGUGUUGACGCGCCUCAUCUUUCGAUGACGUACCAUCUUCUGAAAAUGGUCCAGUUCAGAAUCAUGGAGAAACAAAAGAUCAUCACCGUGGACGACAGCGUUCGUGAGUUCAAGAACCCUGAUGCUCAGGAUAAUGUGCUCUAA